CGAUGCCCCACCAGCGCGUUAUCUCCUCUAUUGUAACGUAUCUUUCCUCUGGCGGGAGUUGUUCACACGCGUUCAUGGGGGAUUGACGGUCAGUAUACUCGUGGAAGACGCUGUGAAAGAAACCGACAUCGAUAACCGACAUCUUGGAGACAAUUCGCCCAUUUCGUCAGCUCGUGCAACUCGAUACUCAAUCGUCGUGUUAUCGAACAAUAGUAAUCUAACAGCUCGGACAGCGUGUGCUGCUAUCUGCUUACAACUAUUAGUAGCAGUUCCCAGUGUACCAUUACCGAUUACGUAAGACUGAUUUACAUUGCUGAACAGUGUCAGAUGUAAGAUACAUUGACGCAGAGAACGUAGCACAGUCAGUAAAUCAGUAUGAGAGUCCUGUUAUCGGUUCUUUUGGCGAUCCUGGCCUGCGAUCAGAUCGCUAAUGGUUACCGGAUUCUUGGCGUGUUUCCACUCAAUGGCAAGAGCCAUUGGGUCAUGAUGGAGCAACUGAUGAAGGGUCUGGCGAGUCGUGGUCAUCAGGUGGACGUGAUCACGCACUUCCCGUUGAAGAAACCGAUACCCAAUUACACGGAAAUCAACCUGGCCGGCAGUCUGCCUCAAGUCAUGAACAAUUUGACCGCGGACGACGUCAGGAGGUUCGACUCCUCGUCCAAGUACAUGUUAACUUACCUAGCUGGAACGAAGAUCUGCGAGUUAUUGAAUCAUCCGAAACUGAAGGACCUCGUCGAAAAUCCGCCGCAAGAUCCCCCUUAUGAUAUCGUUAUUGUAGAGUUGUUCGCAGCACCAUGCUACCUGGCCUUCGGCCGUCAUCUCGGUGUCCCUAUGGUGGGCACGGUGACCAGCGCUCUCCACAGCUGGCUCGAUAACUUGUCCGGCAAUCCGCCCAGCCUGGCCUUCGUCCCAAAUUUAUUCUCCACGUUCACCCAGCAAAUGAGCUUCAAAGAACGCCUGAUAAACGUCCUGAUGUUCUUCGGGGUCAACACGCAGAUAAACCACUACACGAAUUCCCAGACGCACUACGUAAAGGAGAGCUUUGGCUUGGACGUGAGACAUAUCACGGAACUGCAUCGCGAUAUAUCCCUGUACCUGGUAAAUUCUCACCACUCAUUGAACGGGAUCAGACCGAUGACCCCUAGCGUGGUCGAGAUCGGCGGUUUGCAUCUCAGGGAUGACGGACACCUGGAACCGGAAGUGCAAAAAUGGUUGGACGAGAGCGAGCAUGGCUGCGUCUAUUUUACAUUCGGAUCCAUGGUGAGGAUCGAGUCCUUUUCUAAAAAACUGAUGCAACAGAUGUACAGGUCUUUUGAGAAAAUCGCACCGGUUCGCGUACUGAUGAAGAUCGCGAAGAAAGAAGACCUGCCACCUGGAUUACCGAAGAAUGUCAUGACGCAAUCCUGGUUUCCACAAAUGUCGGUUCUCAAGCACAAAAAUACACGAGCUUUCAUUACGCACGGCGGACUCAUGGGAACGCAGGAGGCGAUCGCUUGCGGAGUUCCCAUGAUUGGCAUCCCUCUGUUUGCCGAUCAGCGCAUCAACAUCAAUAAUUACGUCAACAAAAAAGUGGCCAUCUCGCUCAAGUCGAUAGACGACGUUACCGAGGAGAAAUUAACUUCGGCAUUAAAUACCAUCCUGAAGGAUCCCUCCUAUCGCGAAAAUAUACAGCAACUGUCGAAGUUGUUCCUUGAUCGACCGAUGAGCGCCUUGAACACGUCUAUAUAUUGGGUGGAAUACGUCGCAAAAUACGGAAAUGUGCUUCAAUCACCAGCUCUUCAGCUGUAUUGGUGGCAAUGGAACCUACUGGACAUUUUCGCCUUCAUAUUCGCCGUAAUUGCCACGGUGCUGUACAUCGCGCUGUACAUCCUCCGAAAAUUGAAGAAUUAUCUUUUAUUCGGAUCUCGCGCUUGUGCAAAUAAAAGUGGCGCAGCGCUCAAAUCGAAGAAGAACAAAUGAAAAACGAAAAAAGGAGUUUUAAUGAGUGAUAUUGGGUUAACUCUCUGUUCUUGUUCUAGUAAAUUGCGAAUUUACAAGUUUGUAGAGCGACACGUUUUUCCUUGGUAUUUGUGAAAAUGCCAAGCCUUCCUAGUACGCUUCAGAAGAAAUUUGUUAACGAAAGAGUUUUCAACGAUUUUAUAUAGAGUAUUAUGUAUAACAUCUUAAUAAAGUUCAUUUUUAAUUGAUUAUA